UCGGAUCUCCAUGGCCAUUAGCGCCGGUGAGGGAGCUGGACGUCAUCACCGCCGGAAAUCUAAUCACUCGAAUUCGAGCUAUGGCGAAUUGAAUUGACGUACUGAAACCAGCGGAUCGGAGGGAGAAUUGAAGUUUCGGCUGCGUGGAUAAAUCCAGCGUCCUGGAAAUCGGUACGUCACUUCCUAUGAUGCUGGAAAGUGUUGAGGCGAAUGCUCCGCGGACAAUUCAUGGCGGCGCAGGAGUCAACGAUACGGCUGAGAUUCAUUCGUUUCCGGCGAUAUCCAUAGAUAUAUUCGAGCGAUGUCGGCGAUAUACGACAACUGGGAACGGAUCGUCGGAGCAGCACUGCUCAGAGAACACCUCCGCGAGCUCGCCCGCUCCGCAUCCCUCGACAGCAUCCGCUUCAACUCCAGGCAGAUUUCCGAGUCGUCGCUCAGGUAUUCGAACCUCGGAUUUCAGUUCACGCGCCGCCAGAUUCUCCGAGCAACAGGAAAUUUCAGCAACCAAAACCUCAUCAAGCGCGGCCGCUCCGGAGAUUUCUUCCUCGGAGUCUUCCCUCAACCCUCGCGAGGUCUUUCCAACAUUCUGCCUCCAAUGUUCCCUCAAUUUUCGGAUCCAAUCGUCGUAAAAAGAGUUGAUCUGAAGGUGAUCGCUGAUCGGGAAGCAUAUCUGUGGGAAUUGAAAUUCCUGAGCUGUAUUGGGGAAUCGAAACAGUUCCCUCUGCUGGGGCAUUGCCUGAAGGACAAGGAUCACAAAUAUUUGGUUUACAAGUAUAUGCCAGAAGGUGAUCUGGCCAGUUCUUUGUUCAAGAAGCAUCCCGACAAAGAUGAAUUGAUAUCCUUGGAUUGGAUUAAACGUCUGAAGAUUGCUGUGGGGGCUGCAGAAGGGCUAGUCUAUCUACACCAUGAAUGCAAUCCACCACUAGUCCAUGGGGAUGUACAAGCUAGUAGCAUUCUGCUGGAUAAUAACUUCGAAGUAAGAUUAGGAAGCUUAAGCCCGACUCAAGAAACCGAAAAACUGGAUGAUGAAGACGACUGGUUUAUAAGGGAUCCUGAAAAUGACACAUGGGGUAUGGUGGACGUAACAUGUGCCCACGACGUAUAUUGCUUUGGGAAGGUACUGCUUGAGCUAGUGACCGGGAGAUUGGACAUCAGCAGCACACCCUCGAACGCCACCACGGGUGAGUGGUUGGACAAAACAUUCCUGAGGUACAUAAGUUUAACAGACGAGGAACUGAUGACAAGAAUAGUGGAUCCUUCAUUGAUAGUGGAUGAGGAUUUCCUUAAGGAGGUAUGGGGCAUGGGCAUCAUCUCUAAGAGCUGUCUCGAUCCCAGACCGGAUUGACGGCCCUCGAUGAGAGAUGUCCAUAAGGCUUUGGAAAGACUUACCUCUGUAGAGCAAAUGAAUCAUGGAUUGAUACUUGCUGCAUUGCCUGGUGAGUUAUAAAAGAAUCCUUUGUAUAAUUCAUAUAGUAACAAUUAGAAUUGGAAUAGCAGUGACUAAUGGAUAUGCUGUCUCAUUUAAGCCUAAGGCUGAGGUUAGCAUUAAAAAAAGAAAGUGUAAGUAGGAAUUGGUAAAAACUUAAGGUCCCACCGAGAUUUGAACUCGGGUUACUGGAUUCAGAGUCCAAUGUCCUAACCACUAGACCAUGGGACCUGGUUGUGGUAAGAAUCCUUAACAAUAUAUUUAAUAUUUUCUUUGAGUUAUAGAAUUUACAUAUAAAUAUAUCAUCAA